AUGACUCCUGAAACGAGGGUGACAACUGCCGAAUGUAUCUCGUUAAGCCGAGAUGAACCUAUGCAGGCCCGUUGUGUCCGGCCCUUUUCUGAAUCCGGGCCCCAAACUUCGAUCAUGCAAUAUUUUAACGCCGCUAUAUACUCUCGGUUUCGUUUGAACUUUAAUUCCUUCUGUCUAACCCUUUCCGACAUGCUACCUCUCGUACCAGAUGCCGGUUUUCAGUUCACCAGCCAGUCUGCUGGUCCUAGAGGGUUGCGAGAAUGCUAA